ACUACAUUUUGCAAUGCUUAAUGGGAAAUUUUGAGUCACCUCACCUAUAUUGGCCGCUAGGAUUGAUCACUGAGGUUUCGAUCACCCCUUAAAAUGGCGCUAAACCCCAUGUAGUCACCUAUAUAGGCGUUAGGGAUCCAUUUCGGACACAGUCGUAGUUAAUAUGAACUCUAGUCAGAUUUGAAAACAGAAACAACAGAAAUAAAGCUCCACCUUGAAAUUGCUACACGGGAAUAUCACGCACGCACGCACACUGGCACAUGAUUACUUUCACCUUGAGAAAUAAGAGAGAUGACGUCCACAGAGAGACGACAGCUAAAUACUGGAAUACUGCGACUUUAACCAGGUACUGACUGCAGACUGAACGGAGCUUCAGAAAAGACAGGAGUCAAAGUAAAAGUAAGUUCCAGUAAACUCUGUGGAGGAGGGAGUGGAGCCUCACCAGUCGGAGCUGUUUGAACUUUCUGCCUGUCCAGAGUUUAGCUUCACUCAGAGGAAAAUGGCGUCUUGUUUAGAAGAGGAUCUGUGCUGCUCUGUCUGCCAUGACAUCUUCAAAGAUCCUGUGAUUCUGUCAUGUAGCCACAGCUUCUGUAAAGACUGUCUGCAGAGCUGGUGGACAGAGAAACAGGCCCAGGAAUGUCCAGUUUGUAAGAGAAGGUCUUCAAAGGAAGAACCUCCUCUUAAUUUAGUGUUAAAGAACCUGUGUGAGACCUUCUUACUGCAGAGAGAUCAGAGAGCUUCAUCAGACUCUGAGGCUCUCUGCAGUCUGCACUCUGAGAAACUCAGACUCUUCUGUCUGGAUCAUCAGCAGCCAGCAUGUCUCGUCUGCAGAGACUCUAAAAUACACUCCAACCACACAUUCAGACCCAUGGAUGAAGCUGCUCCAGGUCUCAGAGACCAGCUCCAGGAAAACCUGAAACCUUUACAGAAGAAACUGGAGAGUCUCACUAAAAUCAAGAAGAACUGGGAUGAAACAGGAAACCACAUCAAGGCCCAGGCUGCAAACACAGAGAGGCAGAUAAAGCAGCAGUUUAAGAAGCUUCACCAGUUUCUAGAGGAGGAAGAGGAGGCCAGAAUCUGUGCUCUGAGGGAGGAAGAGGAGCAGAAGAGUCAGAGGAUGAAGGAGCAGAUGGAGGCUUUGAGCAGAGAGAUAGCAGCUCUUUCAGACACAGUCAGAGCCACAGAGGAGGAGCUGAGAGCUGCAGACGUCUCAUUCCUGAAAAACUACAAGGCUGCAGUGGAAAGAGUCCAGCAGCGCCCCCUGCUGGAGGAUCCACAGCUGCCCUCAGGAGCUCUGAUAGAUGUGGCCAAACACCUGGGCAACCUGGGCUUCAACAUCUGGAACAAGAUGAAGGACAUGGUCUCCUACAGUCCUGUGAUCCUGGACCCAAACACUGCUGGUCUAAAUCUCAUCCUGCCUGAAGAUCUGACCAGUGUGAGAGAAGGAGAGGAGGAGCAGCAGCUUCCUGAUAAUCCAGAGAGGAUGCGUUGCCACACUUACUCUGUCCUGGGCUCUGAGGGCUUCAACUCAGGGACUCACAGCUGGGAUGUCGAGGUUGGAGAGAACAAGUUUUGGAGUGUAGGUGUGUUUAAGGAGUCUGCAGACAGGAAGAGAAACAUUUACUCUGGAGUAUGGAGAAUAGAGUGUUGUAUUAAUAAAUACAGCGCAAAAACUCCAUCAGGUAGUUAUGUAGGUCUUUCAGUGAGAGGACGUCCUCAGAGGAUCAAAGUCCAUCUGGACUGGGACAGAGGAAAGCUGUCAUUCUCUGAUCCUGACACUAACACACACAUACACACCUUCACACACACUUUCACUGACAAACUGUUUCCAUACAUAUAUACUCUAAAUUUAUAUCCUCUGAAGAUAUUACCAAUGAAGGUCUCUGUAUCAGUAAAACAGUAAAGGAAGAGAUGAUGAUGAUGAUGAUGAUGAUGAUGAUGAUGAUGAUGAUGAUAGAGCUGAAACACAAUCAAAAUUACGAUCAAAUAUUUCAGAAACGAGCUGUCAGAGACCUCCACCCUGUUAGGGACAUGAACGUUGGUAAUGAAAGAGUUAAUCAUGUCAAAAUUCAACAAUUCUUCACUUUUCAUUGUGAGUCUUGAAAAAAAUGAAACCAAAUUUACUGAGGAGACUGUCAACUUUUUCAAGUGUCACAUUUUUUGCUCCUAGUUUAUCUAAAACUUUGAACGAUAACAGAGAUUUUCACAUUAAAAAUGUGUAUGAUGGUAAUCCUUUUAAACUCCAUAAAUUAUCAUAAAAAUGAAAAACAAUUAUUUUUUUUAAUAUAACGAGUUAGACAAGGGCAGUAAGAGUUCAACAGGAUGAAAACUAACAAUAGUUUAAAUAAAAAUCACCCGAAAUGGUAAUAUCAAGUCAGAGAGCAUGAAUAACAUUGAAAUAUAUAUUCUUGUAAGACGUUACAGAAUGAGGAGUCACUGAUUUAUUCUCUGAUAUCAUGUUAACUGUAUAAAUCACUCUUACUUAUGAUGAACAAAUCUGUGUUCAGUGUAUUUUUUUUUAUUUUAGAUGAUUGACUGCAGCUGUGAUGUGACUGGAUGGAGGCAAGCCUAUGAAAAGUCUUUAAACUGAUUUAAAUGAUAAAGUGUUACCUGUUGUAUAAAUUGGUAAAUUACAUGAACAGCUUCAAUGAAAUUCAAAUAUGUAGAUCUCAGUGUUUACGUGCAUUUCAUUGAUUGAGCUUCAGAUCUUCCACCCUGUUAGAUCUCUACAGGGAGGAACCUAACAGGGGGGAAAUAUAGAUAGAG